AGGUCUUAAGAUCCAUCUCUGUUCAUCUUAUAUAUCAAAAUUUGUGAAGAUUAUAUAUAUCACAAAGAAGAUUUUAUCUGGUUUUCGUUAAAAAUGAAGGUUCCACACCCAUCUGGGUAAACCCUCUCGUCGGAGAAGACCAUCGUCGACCAUUUGGAACUCCAUAUAGUCGACCAUGAAACCAUCGACUCAUAUCUAGAUGAGAAAAUGGGACGGUUCAGUGGUGAAAAUUUUGCUAUUUCUCUGGGAUCUUGUUUGAUUUUCACUACAACCCAUGGACUCAGAUCUAGACGAGAAGAAGGGAUGGUUCAGGGACAAAAACCUUCGCUAUCGAUAUCUCUUUUGGAUAUGGUUCUAUUUUCACCUACAACCCAAAUUAUCAAUGACGGAGAUACCAUUGGCGGUCAAGAGGAAGGCGAACAACCGACUCCACCAGAAGGAGGGAAACCUAAUCCUCCGGAAUGUAAGAUUCCACCUAAAGAUAAGUUGGCAGCCGAAGAGCUCAGACGUGACAUAAACAACAACUUUGACGAACCGAUUAGCAUUGCGAAAAUAUGUGAAGAACCUAGCAAGACGUGGUUCGGAAAGUGCUUGGACACAUUAAAGUGCGACAAACAGUGUAUAGAAUGGGAAGGCGCAAGGCAUGGAGCUUGUCAUGAACGUGAAUCAAAAUACAUGUGUUUUUGUUACGUCAGUUGUGACGCUAGUGACAAGAGGCCACCGGUCCCUCCAGAUUGCCCCCCUGUCGGCCCAAAAAAAUAUGUUGAUGGGCGUCUAAGCUCAUGA